CUCUUUCCUUCGAAAUUGUGAAAUGGAAAUAAGGAUUCAAUUUGAGAGCCCGACGUUUUUGGUUUAUUUCAAUUUUCAAUUUUCUACAAUUUUUUUAAUUAAAUUUAGUGGCUGAAUGACAAAAACCGGACAAGCGGCUCGAUCGGCUCGAACGAUUAACCGCCUCGGCCGCUCGCCAACCGCUACAUAAAACCGGAGCGGCUUUUAGACUGUUCCGAGCCGGUUUUGUGACCGGGUGGCGGUUUUACUGGUCGGGCCGAGCCGCUCGGUUCGGCUUUAAUAACACUGGGGAAAAGAAUAAGCAAUUCAACCAAAAGCAAAAGCGGCAGCGUGUGGCUGGUAGCCUGUCCGACUCCCUUUCCCAAUCCCUAAUUUUCGAACCAAAACAAUCCCUUCCCAUCAUCAUUUUCUUCUCCCAAGUUCCAACUACCGCUCCAUCAGCAGCAGCCUCCAAACCAUCCGCUUGCUCGACACCUUCCUUUCUCGCCGGCGAAUUGCAUCAGCAGCCAUCAGGUACCUGCUACUUCUUUGUUCAACAGUGGCUUCUUUCGUUUCUCGUUAGUUUUACUUUAAAUGUGUGGAGCUAGGGAGAAAUUUAUGCUUGCUCAUUUGAUUCGUGGAAUGCAAAUGAGUGACAUGGUUGUUGAAUUGAUUCGAUUUGUUUUUAGGUGUUCAAGAUGGAUAAAAGUUGGAUGAAUAAACAAGAACUAGUGAUGAAUACAGACACGGAUUAAAUCAUUUUCUUGCACAUGCAUUUGCUUUGCCAUGUUCUCGUGAUGGUAAAAUUCUAUGUCCAUGCAAGAAUUGUUCGAACUGAGGCUCGUAAAAUCUUUGAGUUACUGGAAGCAAAUGAAACUGAAUUAUAUCCUGGUUGUACAAGCCAUUCCAAUCUUUCUUUCAUCAUUAAGUUAUUUCACCUGAAGUGUCUUGGAAACUGGUCUGUCAAAUCAUUCAGUAUGUUAUUACAACUACUAAGACAAGUACUUCUAGAGGGCGACACUUUACCUGAAUCUUAUUAUGAGGUCCAGAAGUUGAUAUCAAACUUAGGUUUGACCUAUGAAGUUAUCGAGGCUUACCGUAACGAUUGCAUGUUGUUUUGGAAAAACCAUUAAAAUGAGUCAGAGUGUCUUGUGUGUGGAGCUGAUAGAUGGAAAAAUCAACCCAGUGAAGUUGUUGGAUCAUCAAAGAAAAAGCUGAAGAACAUUCCUUAUAAGAAGCUUUGGUAUUUUUCAAUAGGAAAGAGGCUGCGGAGAUUGUUUUUGUCAUCUAAAACAGCUUCUUCUAUGCGUUGGCAUAAAGAAGGACGUACAAAUGAUGGAAACUUAAGGCAUCCUGCAGAUUCUCCGGCAUGGAAAACUUUUGACUUUAGACAUGGAGAGUUUGCUUCAGAUCCUCGUAAUGUUAGAUUGGGUUUAUCUACAGAUGGUUUCAAUCCAUUUAGGUCAAUGAGUUCAUCUCACAACACAUGGCCAGUUGUCUUAAUCCCUUAUAACCUUCCUCCUUGGUUAUACAUGAAACAAUCGUACAUGUUUUUGUCGCUACUCGUUCCUGGACCUACGUCUCCUGGAAAUGACAUUGAUGUAUAUUUGCAGCCUUUGAUUGAUGAGUUACUGGAUGAGCUGCAAGGCAAGCAAGUCAAAUUUGGAAAGUUGAGCCAAAGCGAUCCUCUACCGUAUGGCUGGAAGAAACAGAGUGUGUUCUUUGACCAACCAUAUUGGAAGAUAACAUCUUGAGACAUAACUUGGAUGUGAUGCAUAUUGAAAAGAAUGUUUGUGAUAGCAUUCUUUUUACAUUACUAAAUGUGAAAGGGAGGACGAAGGACACUGUUAACUCCCGAAAGGACAUGCAGUUACUAAGGAUAAGAAAGGAGUUACACCUGAAAAUAGAUGGUUCUGGUAGGGUAUACAUGCCUGAUGCAACUUUCACCCUCUAUAAAAAAGAGAAGCAAAGAUUGUGUAAGGUAUUAAAGAGUGUUAAAGUUCCUGAUGGGUAUGCCGCCAAUAUAUCAAGGUGUGUGAACUGGAAGGAAAGAAAAAUCUCUCUUCUGAAAAGCCAUGAUAGCCAUAUCCUAAUGCAGCAAAUUCUUCCUUUGGCCAUUAGAAGGAUAUUACCUAAAGAAGUCCGCAAGCGUUUGAUACAAUUAAGCUUGUUCUUCAGGGAAUUAUGUUCAAAGGUUGGUCGUGUGGAGAACUUGAAUCGUUUAGAAGAGAAGAUGGCUUUAACUCUGUGUCAUUUAGAAAGAAUAUUUCCACCAUCAUUUUUUGACAUAAUGGGUCAUUUAACUGCGCAUUUGGUGAAUGAGACCAAGCUUGGUGGGCCGGUACAAGCACGAUGGAUGUAUCCAGUUGAGCGGUAUGUAUUGUUCUUAUUGAUUAUUCAACGAGGUUUGCUUAAGAGUUAUAAUUAUUUUGGUACAUUUCUUUCCCUCUUGAUUCUGUAUGUUUUAUUGUUUUAGGUACCUAUCUAAAUUAAAGUCAUAUGUUGGUAACAAAGCUCAUCCAGAAGGCUCAAUAGCAAAUGGAUAUUUAGCUUAGGAGUCCCGAACAUUUUGUUCAAGGUAUUUACAAGGAACGAAGACACGGUUUAAUCGCCCUCCGAGGAAUGAUGAUAACUCCAAUGAAGAAAUAUCAACGAUAUUUCCAAAGAUGGGUCGUCCGAUAGGAAGUGGGAACAUUGUUACUUUGGAUAAUGACACUUUAGCCAAGGCACAUCAAUAUGUGCUUGCUAAUUGCAGUGACGUGGCCCCUUACAUUGAGUAAGACAUCUAUCUAUCAUGUUUUUUUUAUUAUCCUUUGGUUUAAAUAAUUUGAUACUAAUAUUUAUAUUGUUGAACAGCCAACAUCUUUCAUUGUUGAGAAGCCAAUAUCCACGUAAGUCACCGCAUGUCAUUCAAGUCCUUCAUAAUUCAAAGUUAUGCCAGUGCUCGAGACAGGAAUCCAAUAUACAGUGAGGUAAGUUAUUAUGGAGUACUUCGGGAGAUAUUGGAAUUGGAUCAUUGGGUUGGUAAGAAAGUGGUGUUGUUCAAGUGUGAUUGGGUGUCAAGUGGCAGAGGUUUGAAACAAGAUGACUUAGGUUUCAUCUUGGUUAAUUUUGCGCAACGAUUGAGGAAUAAAGAGCCUUUCGUGAUGGCUUCUCAGGCCCAACAAGUAUUUUAUGUCCAAGAUCCCAUCGAUCAGGACUGGCAGGUGGUUAUCAAAACAGUUUCGAGAGAUUUCUACGAUAUGGAUGAAGAAGUUGGUGAUGUUGAUACUCAUUUACAAAGUGAGAUAUGCAACGACAGUGGUGUGAUAUUUGAUGACAUUCCAAAUGAUGAAGCUGUUGAAUGGAUAAGAGCCAGUAGAAAUGGAGAGUUAAUUGACGAUCCUACAGAGUUAGUUGGAAUUGAAUUAGUAGAACAUCAAAAUGAAGCUACACAGGAAGAAGAUAAUGACAACGAGGUCGAAGAGGAUAUGACUACCACUAAUAAUCAGGAUGCAUACCACUAUUGAUGUGCACCUAAUUCUGAAAUCCUACAAUUUACUUGUAUUGCUUAUAUAACUGGUACGUACUUCUCCUUUUGGUGAUGAGCUAUGAAGUUUAUAUUAUCAUCAUGGUACGUUCUAUAACUAUUGAUGUUGUUUCUCCCAAUAUUUGAAGACUGGAACAUAUAGAUUUAAUGGUUAGAUUAUGCGGAAGUAAUUGUGGAUUUGUGGAAGUUUUUCGUCAAAGUUGUAGUUGCUCCAUUUUGCCGCCUGUGUAAUUAGUCUUGGCGGAAUUUUUUAAAUGAAUAGUUGGGCCGCCU